AUGUACCAUAACUCCAGACAAAACUAUUCAAAUAAUUUGUAUUUUAACAACUUUAGGCUAUUUUUAGCCAAUCCUUCCAAUCAGUACAGAUCAAAGAACUAUGGAUUUCCGACUUUACUGGCUCCCUUUUAUAAUCAGAACAUUUUUAUAGACAAUCCAUCAAAUGUUCUUUUUUAUUCUGGAAGCUCUGGAAUUUCCUCGAAUCCCAGGAUAGAAGUUCCAAACACCGGGGAAAAUUUCAAUUUUUCGGAUUCCGAGGCAGAUGUGUACGGGAACGUAGUCGGCAACUUCCUUGAUGAGAGCAAAACUAGAGCUUUUUCUGACUCAAAAUCCGCUGAUUUGAAGUCGGGGGGAAAACAGUCUAAGUUUUCUGAGGAUGACGAUAAUGAACUUUUUGGCUCACUUAAAGAGAAACUAGUGGGUUUGGGACUCAGGGAUCAUCCGUGUGAGGUGUGUGCGAAGGAUGGCCGCAAGUCACUCUUCGAUGACGAUAAAGUAAUUUUGUACCAGGAUUCUCAGGGAAACGUUUUUGUGGAGCCAUGCAAACACACGGCGUUAAGGAAUGUUCCCCUGCCGCGUCCAUUAUCGGAGUUCAAUAUAGAUGAUGUGAACGUUGACCACCUGUUAACUUAUAAAAUGCGCGUCCCUGAGUUGAAGCGGGAGGACCCCGUGGACGUUCCGGAUGUUAGGGAGUUCAUUGAAAACCAGAAGAACCUGAACGAUUUAAGUCCAAUAAAGACCAACCCGCUCCGUGAAGUUUUGUUGAAGAUCGCUGAGAUGAAGCAUCUGCUCAUGCACGACACCGCCGAAAGCUCUUUCAAUGCCGACGACCUCAGUGCACUUCCCAUAAUAUCCUUGAAGGACGCCGACGUUGAUUACAAGAAGCUUAAUCAGUGGAAAUAUCCAUCUUGCCUAUUGAAGGAAAAGACGAAUCUCCAGAAGUUGCCCUCGACGAGGAAGGAGGCGGUCGCCGAAGUUGUGAAGGCGGAGGACGCCAGCUUACUGGAGAUUCAGGAAUACUUGCGCGACGACACCAGUGUUGAAGUCAUGAUGGAGAAGUACGUCCAGCUCAGGAAAUGCCAGUGUUCCAAGGAGGCCUUGAAGGCCCUCAAGCACAUGAUCUGCCAAAAGCUGAAUAAGCAGAAGCUGUACUACAGGGGGCAGGAGCUGCGUGUUCUUGACGAGGAAUCCCAGGAAUCUUUGUUCGACAAGGUUCUUACAAACAUCAACAGGACUGACCAGCUAAAGGACUCGGAGCUCGUGAGGGAGGAUUCAUCUCUGUACACCUACUCGAGCCUUUCCCUAUCGAGUUACGAGUCCGUUCCCGAGGUUAUGACGCUUGCAGUCACCGACAACGACUUCUUCUGUGACGACCCUGAUUCCAUACACUUCAGCACCCUGGAUGCCUACGGGUGGCUCACGGUCUCUGAUGAGGAGGUGCGGAGUCAACAGAAUAAGAUACUGUACUGCGAACUUGUUGGCAGCAACUUCUCUCUGUACCCUGCCUCCUAUAAGUCCAAUUACAAGUCCAUCUCCUCUCAGAGGCCUCUGCUCACCGUUCAUUUGGACGACCACUUUUCGUUGGUGAGGAAAAAGGACCCUAAGAAGAAUAAACUUUGCUUAAAAUUGCAGGGCACUUUGAUUCCUACGAAUCAGGCAAAGCUUCCAACUUCUCGCCACUCGAAGGAGCAGGUCUGGAAGAACAACGGGACUGUUUCCCUCAGGCUCGAGGGUGACACGCAGAACGAACUCAUGAACUGGUUCACCUUCUUGGUCUCCAGGUCAAGGGUGAGGUCAUUUUUCACAUUUCUGAGCGACUACAAAGUGACUCCUCUCAACAACACCAUUUUCUUCUUACUAUAUCCGAAGAUGAAGGAGCUGGUGUUCAAUCGUCUUUCCUACGACCCUGAGUGCGAGGAGGAAAUGUACCGGAAGUUCGUAAAGCAGCCUUUCAACUACGUCGACUUUUCCAUGCGGAACAUGGAGGACAAGCACCUUCUUCAUCACAUGGCCAACUGGACUCAACCUGUGUUUUCUGUUAAUUUCUCUCUGAAUAGCCUGCAAUUCUCUUUCGAUACUCAAAUUCUGGUCGAUUACGUUAACAGGAAUAGCGUCCAGAAGUUGUUUUUGGAUAACAAUCCCCUCGAUGAGCAGUCGCUGUCUAGCGUCGUCUCGGCUCUGGCCUCGAAAACUCCUCUCAGCUACCUCAGUCUGAGGGGCUGCCAGGUGUACGACAGCCUAAUUUCAACUUUGAAAAGGACUGAUAAACCCGCAGACUCCGGCAAACUGGUCAUCGACUUCAGGCAGUGUGAAUUGAGCGCCGAUUUCCACGCCUUUGCCGUUGGCUAUCCCCUCAACAACUUUCAGAUCGUCGUUCAGAACUCACACGAGUUCGUUCAGGAGCCUGAGAUGGACUACUUCAUGGACACCAAGGAUUUAUCUGAGAUUUCCGCCAUCGGCUCAAUCAUGUCAGGGCGGUUGCUGUCCACUCAAUGGAGGGUUAGAAAGGCCUUCAGGUUGCCCUUUCGUAAGGAGAAAACCGACGAGCCUGUUGACGUCUACUUCGAGUACAAGGCUCCUUACCUCAUCUGGCACAACUGGUGUCCCAGAAACAAGCGCUUCAGCAUGCUCAAAAAGGACACUUCCGCCGAGGAGACCUCGAAGUUGACUGAAGCUCAGGCCGUUUUCAUCAAGGACGUAAAGAAGGUCACUAAGGAGGAGUCUGACUGGCUGAUCAUUCAGGGCAAAAUACCUGAUAAGUUUAAAACAAAGGGCAAGGAUACGAAGAUCGUCGUCAAGGGCUACACUGACGCCACGACAAAACGGUGGUACGAAAUCAUCAGGAGAUGGGUUGCUGGCGUCCUCUAUGUCGACUACCUUCAGAACCAUCCUGCGACGACUGCCUGCAGGCACAUUCUAUCUUUCUGCUCGAGGGUGGACACGCCUGAACUCGUCAUGAACGGUUUUCCCGCUGAACGCAAAUUUUUAAUGCGCUUCCUCUCAUAUAUGUCUGAGCAGACUUCUCUGCGGGCUCUCAACUUUUCAAACAUGUCUCUCGACUCGACCAAGAUACAGUUUGAGUGUUCCGUUCUCAAGGACUUAAGUCUCCGGAAAAUCGACUGGUCGUUUAACUCCAUUGCUCUCGACGACGAUGACGGUGAAAAGGAGAACUUGUGGCUGCUGAACGCGCUUCUUCCCAAGGUCACUGCGGACCACUAUGAUAUAAGUCACAAUCCGCUCGGCGACAGGGUUUCCUCCUCCAAAAUGUUCUUCCGCAUCCUCAACUUGAAGCCGGAGCGAAUAUCGCUGAACUACUGCGGGCUUUCGUUUGUAUUUUUGCGGAAACUCACGGCCGCUCUGUCAAAGGUCGAGCAAACCUUCGAAUCGCUGCGUAUCGUGGAGCUCGAGGGGAAUAAUUUUGAAUACGAGGACACCGUUAAGUUUAUUGAGAUUUUGGUUGCGAAAUUUCCCAAUGUCGUUGAUUUGCGUCUCUUUGAUUCAAUUCCUCAGGAUAGAGUCCAGGAGUUGGUCGAGUUUAGUCCUAUUUGCAACUUCGAACGCGCUUCUAAAAUUAAGCCUGAAGUUGGCGAGUUUACUGUUAGUAAGCGUGUUAAAAAGAGUAAAAAUACCACCAGACAAACGAUUUCACCUAACACUAACAAUUGA